AUGCUAGAGAAUUAUUUCAUGUCCCGCCCAAUCAAUAUCGACCCUAACGAGGGGAUUGAUAAGGAUUUUGAUGCCUUGGUCCAGCCAUGGAAACUUCCUAAGCCUCAGAAAUAUGCCUUCAUCAAUGGGGUCAUUAUUGAUACUGAUAAGGGAGUUGCAGUGAAGAAGAAGACUGUACUCACUGCCAACGGAAGAUUUGAGGACAUUAUUUCUUCUUCAAAAGAAUUUUCUUCAGAUUACAAGGUUAUCGAUUGUGAAGGCAAGUUUCUAUGUCCCGGACUCUUUGACAAUCAUGUUCACGUUGUCUCUGCUCCGGGAGAAACUGAACUUAGACGACUUUUUGAUGUUAAGCGUGACACGGUGAAUAUGCGUGCUGCUAAAAAUAUUGAAAUGAUGCUAGCAAGAGGUUUCACUUCUAUCAGAGACACAGGUGGGGCAGGAUACCACUUUGUUAAAGCUAUUGAGGAAGGAGUAAUCAAGGGUCCGCGCUUGUUUUUCUGUGGUGGUGCUAUUUCACAAACCGGUGGUCAUGGUGAUUUCCGCGAUCGUGAGACUGCAUCUGAUGAGGUUGAUUCAUGUGCCUGUCACAGAUCCUAUCUGGGAGUUGUUGCAGAUGGUGUUCCCGAAUGUAUGCGUGCAGCUCGGGAUAACCUUAGAACGGGGGCUCACUUUAUUAAAAUCAUGGGUGGUGGAGGUGUUGCUUCUCCAACGGAUAAGCUCACCAACAUGCAGUACACGGAUGAGGAGAUUCAGGCAAUUGUUAAAGUUGCACAAUCUUACGAUACUUUUGUUACUGCACACGCCUACACCCCCCGGUCUAUUCAAACCUGCAUCAAAAAUGGAGUCAAAGGUAUUGAGCAUGGAAAUUUGAUUGAUGAUGAAACUGCCAAACUCAUUGUAAAAAAUGGUGUUUAUGUUACUCCAACUCUUAUUACUUACAAGGUGAUGAGCUCUGAUCAAUUUUCCAAGUUUUUGACCCCAGACUCGCUGGAAAAAAAUAAGGUUAUUCUACAAUCAGGACUGGCAUGCUUAGCAAUGGCAAAGAAGUAUCGUAUUAAACUUUGUUUUGGCUCGGAUUUGCUAGGAAGUCUCACUGGCUACCAAACGUUGGAGUUUUCUUUGAGGGCAAAAGUGCUUGAGGCGGCAGAGAUUCUUAGAUCUGCGACAAUCACCCCUGCCGAGUGUUUGGGGGUGAGUGAUGUCAUUGGACAAAUCAAAAAGGGGUACUAUGCCGAUUUGCUGAUACUGGAAAAUAAUCCGCUCGAAAAUAUCGUCAGUAUGGACAAAUUUGAGACAAAUUUGCUGAUGGUUAUGAAAGAUGGAGUUAUCAUGAAGAGUAAGCUCGACUCCAUUUCCAAGGAUGUUAGUGAACCAGAAAUAUAG